CUUUCAAGUUUACUGAUAAAACUAACAAACCACAACAAAUUUCAAAGACUUUUGUCUCAAAACAUUCAAUUGGUGGAAACUGCCAUGAAAACUGGACUCUGUUAAGGCUACUGCCAUUGAUGAUGGGUCACAGAGUACCAGAAGGAGACAAAACUUGGCAAAUCUUACUAGAUCUGAAAGAUAUUGUUGAGCUCCUAGCUACUGGACAAUUUUCUGAUGAGACAUUGUGCUACUUGGAGUCCAAAAUCUCAGAACACAGGUGCUUGCUCAAAGAGUGUUUCCCAGAUUUCCAUAUUCUCCCCAAACAUCACUUCUUGGAACACUAUCCUGAGAUGAUUCGUCGAUUUGGGCCUCUGACAGAUUUUUGGACUAUUCGCUUUGAGGCAAAGCACAAAUUCUUUAAGAGAGUUGUACAUGAUAGUAAAAACUUCAAGAAUGUCUUGCUCACUCAGGCAAAAAAGCAUCAGCUUGCUUUGGCUUACUUCUUGGAUUUGCCAAGUGUUUUCAAACCUGAUCUAGAGGUAGGACGUGUUGCUGUCGUUUCACCUGACACACUUGAACAUUCAGUGAGGCAGGCCAUUGAGCAUAAAUAUGGAAACUUAAACACUGUACUUCUUUCAACCCAUGCAUGCAUCUAUGGUACCAAGUACUCGGAGGGAAUGUUUUUGUCUGUAGGGCACACCAGUGGACUGCCUGACUUUGGCAAAAUUGUUAAAAUGAUAAUUGUGAACAACAAAGUGUCAUUCAUCCUCAAGCCCUUCAAAGCCUGGUACAUAGAGCAUUUACGAAGUUAUGAGCUAACGAGUUGUUGCACUUCUGAACUACAGAUUGUUGAACACCAGGAGCUUAAUGGAUACCAUCCACUUUAUCCUUAUGUCAGAGCUGGCAAGUUAAAUAUCACACCAAGAACCUUCUUGCUUCACUAAGUUGACGAGAACCCCUGGAAUUUUCUAUUCCUAUUUCAAAAUGCUGUUCCGCGUGAUCGUCUCCCCACAGAACAUUCAAAAAGUUAGACUUGAUCCUGUUCCAGAUUCUGUUGAUGGCCUUAAGCUUGAACUCAAAAGCAAGCUCCAGCUGACAGAUUCUUUUGACCUUCAAUAUGAAGAUGAAGACUUCCAUGAUUUCUGUAACCUUACCUGCGUAGCUGAUCUGCCCAAAGACAAGGUGACACUGAAGGUCAUUUUCACCUGUCCAGAUACACUGUCAGACUCUAGUUUAGACACUGCAAUUUUAGGUGAAUCGUCAUCUACAUCAACUUCUUCACCCAGCAUCCAUUCAGAGUUAUCUGUCGCCCGUUCGCAUCCAUGGCCAACCACUUUUCCCAUCCCUGUUUUUACUUAUGAUGUGGAGCUGAGGCUAAGACAAGGUAAUGAGGCAUUUCGAAAGGAUGGAACACUUCUGUCAAUUCCCAGAGACAUGAAGAUUGAAAUUCUUGAGAAACUUGCAGAAAAUAUAUACUCAUACAAAGCCUAUCCUGGGAAUGAAGAGAUUGAGAGUGUAGCGGCUGCAUUAAUUGAAAAACACCCCUGUCUCAAAGAGCCAAGCUCCACAUCUGGGUGGUAUGGGUGGAAAAUUAGUUUGAAGUUUAAAAUGGGCAACUACAGGCAAAAGCUGAGAGAUGCUGGUUGUCAGGAACUGAAAGUGAAUUCUGAAAGGAGAGGUCUUGGGGAGACCAGAGGAAAGAGAAACAAAGUCAAGAAACCAAGACGAUGUGAAACUAAUUUUCUACCAGAUCUACCUCAGGGCAAAGACCGGGAAAGUCUAGAAAAGGAAAGAGAGCAAAUGGCUGUGGAGAUGACGAAGAGGACUCCAGACAUCACAUUUGUUGAUGCUGCUAUGAGCAGCACGUAUUCUUUGAGAAGACAAGAAGUCGUUGAUGAGGAGCCACCAGUGUCACAAAUGAAAAUCCGAUGGCCAGCAAUUUUCACGGAAAGACAGAUCAGCAAAGAAUUCACCAGGCUUGUGUCAAAGGACCUGAGCAAGUCCUUUUUGGAAGGCUUAGAUGGCCAUCUCUCGAAGCUGAUACAGUUAUUUCGGUCAAAGCGUUAUGAGGACGUUCCAGAAAUGACUUCCAUACUGGAGAGCCUUGAUAAGAAUACAACAAACCAAAGGAUGAGGACUGCAGCAUUGCUUGGCCUGCCGUGGUACAUGCGAGAGACUCCUUCUAAAUUCAUGGAGAUAUGCGAGCCCAGUGACCGUGAAGAGGAUGUGAUCAAGGGCGUGGUGAUCGGAAUCCUAGUGGUUGUGGAAAAUGUGAUGGAGCCUCUCCCAGAAUUCUACAAUGACGUUGCCCUGGUGAUUGAGGAAGAAGUGGUGAUGCGUCACCUGAGUGACAUACCUAAUGCUUUUCUGAACCUGAUGGGCCUGGUGUACGCAUUAAACCUUGACUACCCAAAGGAAUUAAAAUUCACUUUUGAAGUGAUACAGCGCCUGUUCAUUGGAGUUGGAUCAGAGUCUUGCACCGCAAGAGUUCACUCUUUGAAGAGCAAGUUGCUGAGAUAA